CCGGGCAGCCUCCGCCGGCCGGACCCUGCCGUGCUCGUGAUGCUGCUUCUGGACGCCGAUCGGCCGGAGCCCGUGCGCGGCGGGGCGCGCGAGCUCGCGGUCUUCCUGACCCCCGAGCCUGGGGCCGAGGCGAAGGAGGUGGAGGAGACCAUCGAGGGGUUGCUCCUCCGGCUGGAAGAGUUUUGCAGCCUGGCUGACAUGAUCAGGAGCGACACCUCACAGAUCCUGGAAGAAAACAUCCCCCUCCUUAAGGCCAAGGUGGUGGAAAUGCGUGGCAUCUACGCCAAAGUGGACCAGCUGGAGGCCUUUGUCAAGAUGGUCAGACGGCACGUCUCCUUCCUGGAGGCCCACGUGCUCCAGGCCGAGCGGGACCACGGGGCCCUCUCGCAGACCCUGCGGAAGUGGCUGGGCUCCUCGGGGCUCCCCGCGCUCGGGAACAAGCGGUGGGCACCGGUGGCCCCGACGUUCAAGCUGCCCGCGUUGUACAGAACGGAGGACUAUUUUCCCAUGGACGUGGGGGAGGUGAUGCCCCGAGCCCCCAGCUGUCAAAGGCGUCUGUGAGCGCUCCGGUCCUGCCAUCCCGGCCGUGGGGAAGUGAAAUCUGUGUGCAGAGCAGAUGUGGUUUUCUUCUUUUCUUUUAUUGUUGUGGAUUCGUUUUCUGAGUUUUCCCCUUACUUCACGGGGGUGCAUGGGGUUUGGAGAAGCGCUUGGGAAGGCCUCCUCCACCAGCUGUGGCCUGCUUGGUGGUCUGGACGAGGUGGUCACCCCUGGGGAUAACUGGUCACCCCAGGAUACGGGCUGUGGGGACAUGGAUAGCUUUGCACAGGAAUUGUGGGGGUCUUGGGAGGUGUCACCAGGGUGCAUGGCUCCAGGUCCAUCUGUAUUGGCUGGUUUGUCUGAACCCCAGUGCCCACUGGCCCUGUGAACCAUCUCAAUAAAGUGUCAAGAGGUCA